AUGUUCACGGUGAUGCAGCACCUCCUCAUUGCUCUCUGGGCCGAACGCGCCCUCGGCUCGGCAUGCGAUACGCCAGCGUCACCUAUCGCACUUCCUAUCACAGACAUCGCCGUUGACCCUAACAUACCCGACUCCCUGAUGAGAGGUGUCCAGGCCAAGAUCGGCACUCCUCCCCAGAAUAUCGUGGUCCUUCCUUGGCCGGACCUUAACAACACAUACAUCUACGACCAGCAGGCCUACUGCGACCCAUCAAUCAUAUGGAACGACAAGAUAUGCGAGAUCCGAAGGGGAGGUUACUUUUUCGAGGAUAAAUCAACCAGCUUUACCAAAUCCUCGGACCUAGUCGCCGCAGGAGGUGCGGGCCAGGAAUUGGGAACGCGUGGAGCGGAGCUCGGCGUGCCAAAGCUGUUGUCGACCAGCCUCGCGGGCACGGAAGUGUUCGCGGCAGGGGCGAGUAACUUCACCACCAUGCCCAUCGGCAUUCCGCGCAUGCGCUGGGACAACGGCUACACCAUUCUUCACGCUCUCGGGCUCGGAUACAACUCUACGUACCUGAACACGCUGCUCCAAUCAGGCCAGAUCCCGUCCCGCGUUUGGUCUAUUUUCUGGGGACGCAUGUGGACGGGCAACGCCGCCACCGACAUGGAUGGUUGCUCCGAGGAUACCGGCUGCUGGACGGGAAUGAAGGUCACUGUAUCGAAUGUCGUGGUCAAUUUCAGGAAUGGUACCGACUACGGUAUCAUGCCUCCCAACUCGGCCGUUCCAUGCUGCAUCGUACCGCAACGCCAGCUCGUAUGGGAGGGUCCCGUUGAUAUUGUGGACAGGUUCGUGACAGCGACACAAAUGAAUAGUACUGGCUCGUCGUUUGGGUUGCACUGGGGUGCGAGCCAGUAUGAUGCCUCCGGGAAUAUUUUCGACGGAGAUGUGACCUUCGUCCUCUCCAACGGCCUCCAAAUCCGCAUUCCCAACAACCAGUUGAUAACCCCCUUCGUUGAAGUCGACCGCAACGGAUCACGCCUCGUCCACCAGGACACAAAGGAGCUGCUGAUGAGCGGCGCAACCGACAACCCAACCACGCUCGGCCGCUAUUUCUUCACAGCAGCCUACCUGAUGGUUGAUUACAAUGCCCACACCUUCACGAUGUGGCAGGCCAAUCCGUCCGCGAAAAGCAGCUUGGUCUCCGUUGUUAGCAAGGUAUCCGAAAACAAGGGAAGUGAAUGCGGAGGGGACGGAGGUGGCGCCACCAAGGAGGCUGCGAUGGAAACAACUUCAAUCAGCACAGGCGCAAUCGUCGGUGCUGCAUUGGGAGUCGUAGCUGCCCUGGCCGGCGCGGCAGGGCUGAUAUUCUUCCUCUUAAGGAGGAGAAAGAGGAAAGAGAUGGUGGCCGGGAUUCCCCCCUCGGAAGAUACUUCCGGGACCAACCAUGGAGGUGCGGAUGAGACCUUAUGUAUGACUAACAAGUCUGAGCAUCAGGAGCCUCAGGAGGUACCCGACUCGAUAUAUCCACAUCAGGAGUUACACGGGACGCCGGCCUUUGGCAACUCCAAUGGAGCGUGGACGAAUUGGAAGACGUCAAGACGGUCAGGCGUGACUUACGAAUUAGACGGUACAGCAAUGCCCACUGGGUAUGCACAGUAG